AUGUCAACCAGCCAUCCCCUGUCGUUCCACGGCCCUGGAUGGCAUGAUGAGGCACAAACACCAGUAGUGGAUGGCAAGUACUGUGAUCGCGCCACCGGUGAAAUCAAACUUGCAGCCGAUGGUGAUUAUCAGGAGUAUAUGGGUCCACCGGCAGUCGAUAUCCUCAUCCGGAGCGUGCAUAUUGACACCGUCGAGUGCAGUUUCCGUGCAUCACGAUCUUUCCCCAUGGAAACCCUCCUAUGCUACAUCAUGAAGGUGGUUGGAAAGAAAAAGCUGGAGCUGGAUUCAGUCAUGGCGACCACAUAUUCGAUUCGAGUCAUCCUGGCACACGAACUGACGCCUGACCAGUUCAGUGACAUUGCAUUCGGCAUGGCGAAUGGGGUCUGGGACGAGGUUGAGUGA